UUAAACAGAUGCAUUUUUUUGCAGAUGCUCAUCAAAUCAUUCAGCAGAUAUCAGCUAUAUAUCUCAUGCACCUCUAGAACACAAGUAAAAGUGAUUUUUUUCUUUCUUUUUUUUUUUUUUUUUAAAUGUUAGUCAGUCCAGGAUUAAAAUCCAUCAGGUUUCAAGUCAACCAGGAUGUCCCUCAAGUCAAAAUGAAGUGAGAACACUUUUCAUUACCUUCGUAGGAUGGUAUUGUUGUUUUCUGUUUCUUCUGCAAGCAGUUACAUCAAUUCUAUUUUGUUUUUUUCUUCUUUAUUUGCAUCCCAUAAUUAUGGGAGCAAUGUUGGUGGAUAAGGUUUUUUUCCUUGUUUAGAUUGACACAGUUGUUCUUAAACAGUGAUGGUUUCUGAACUUCUUAGUUAUAGACUUUAUCAAGUUGAUGCGGGAUGCAUAUCCACUGUUUUUUAUACACUGGUUAUAUAUAUUUUUUUAAUAUGUAUGCAUUUUAUUGUAGCCAAAUUAUUUCCAUAGAACACCAUUCAUUUUAUGCAAUAUGAUAUAUAGAACUUGGAGGGGAAACUUUUUUUUUUGAUUGCAUCUCCUGUGUAUGUCCUUUGAAAUACAGCUGAAGAAUUCAGUGGUGUUUUUUUUAUUUAUUUUUGCAUUUGUCCCCCUCCUUACCUCAAUUUGUGGGGAAUUACAUUUCACAAUUGCGUUUUUCGCUUCACUGUAGUGUUUGCUCUGAAGCUACAGUAGAUUCCUGGUCUGGCUGCCAUAUGUCAAUAGACAGAGUCAACAGAGUCUUUCCUUUUGUCAACAUACUUGGCUGAAUACCAAUGAUAUCCACAUAUAAUGUGUUGAGUUGUGAGUGUUUUUUACGACUAGACACAGCUUUUAGUCAUUUAGUGAAUGCGGAUAACUCCCUCAGAAUUUUUAUAAAGUAAUCUUCAGGAUAAUGCCUGUCCCCCCCCACACCAAAAAAAAAAAAAAAAAAAAAAAGAAAUAAAACCAUCCCAUUUGUUUUUGCUGUAACAAACUCUAUUUGUGCUGAAUUGAUUUUUGAGAUAUUUUAUAUACACUUACUGAGCGCUUUCUUUAGGAACACCUGUACACCUAUUAAUUCAUGCAAUUAUCUAAUCAUAGAAUCGUGUGGCAGCAGUGCAGUGCAUAAACUCUUGCAGAUAUGGGCCACAAGCUUCGGGUAAUGUUCACAUCAACUGUCAGAAUUGGGAAAAAUUUUGAUCUAGGUGAUUUUGACCAUGGCAUGAUUGUUGGUGUCAGAGGGUCUGGUUUGAGUAUUUCUAUAACUGCUGAUCUGGGAUUUUCACGCACAACAGUCUCCAGAGUUUACUCAGAAUGGUGCAGUAAAGAAAAAACAUCCAGUGAACGGUAGUUCUGCGGAUGGAAACGCCCUUGAUGAUGAGAGAGGUCAAUGGAGAAUGGCCAAACUGGUUCGAACUGACCGAAAGUCAGUAACUCAGAUAAACACUCUGUACAAUUGUGGGGAGCAGAAAAGUAUCUCGGAAUGCACAACACGUUGAACCUUGAGGCGGAUGGGCAACAACAGCAGAAGACCACGUCGGGUUCCACUUCUGUCAGGUAAGAACAGAAAGCUGAGGUUGCAGUGGAGACAGGCUCACCAAAACUGGACAGUUGGAGACUGGAAAAAUGCAGACUGGUUUGAUGAAUCUCGAUUUCUGCUGAGGCACACAGAUGGUAGGGUCAGAAUUUGGCACCAAUAGCAUAAAUCCAUGGACCCAACCUACCUUGUGUCAGCAGUCCAGGCUGGUGGAUGUGGUGUAAUGGUGUGGGGAGUGUUUUCUUGGAACACUCUAGGCCCCUUAAUACCAGUCAUCGCAGGCCUGGAUAAAAUUGGGGAGGGUUGCGUCAGCGUCCAGAACAAAAACUGCUAAAUCAAAAUAUGCGGACCAAUGAUCCGCUGUAGCGACCCCUCACAGGAGCAGCCGAAAGAAGAACAACAAUCAUCACUGGAAUGCCACAGCCUAUUUGAGUAUUGUUUCUGACCAUAUGCAUCCUUUCAUGGCCACAAUUUACCCAUCUUCUAAUGGCUACUUCCAGCAUGAUAAUGCACCAUGUCACAAAGCAAAAGUCAUCUCUAACUGGUUUCAUGAACAUGACAAUGAGUUCAUUGUUCUUCAGUGGCCUUCCCAGUCACCGGCUCUGAAUCCUAUAGAAUUCAAUCCUUUGGGAUGUGGUAGAAUGAGAGCUUCACAGUAUGAAAGUGCACCUGAAAAAUCUGCAGGAAUUGUGUGAUGCAAUCAUGUCAACAUGGACCAGAAUCUCAAAGUAAUGUUUCCAACAUCAUCUGGAAUCCAUGCCAUGAAGAAUUGAGGCUGUUUUGUAUAAAGGCUCUUCACAGCUCCUAGUGGCACAGUGUUCAGGUGUUUCAUGCUGUGCUUGUGAGCACACCUGUAGCAUUGCCCAGCUCCAGCAUUUGUUUAAUGACGUGCCACUACUGCACACGUAGCAUUAAGACAUUUUAGGAGUGAAAGCCAUGCCAGACGCUGUUAGCAGCAACACUAAAACGCAUUUGAGACUAAAACUAGUAUGUAUUUAGUAUGUUUGGAAUAUAACGGGUAUAUAUAUGAUUUAUACCUAAUGGACGAUGCAUGUAUAGCCUGAGGUGUGGCUUAACGUCUUGAAAACAGGGUGUGUAAGUAAAAAGCCACCAAAUGGUGUGAAGGGCAGGCUGUUCAGCGUGUUUAUGGAAGUUCUGAGGUGAUUGUGUCUUACAUGAAACUAGAGAAGUGAACUCAUAUUAUAGUGACUGGUUGAACGAAGGAAAAUAAACAAUUUUUUUAUGUUAUGAGCUUCAGCUAACUGCUUCAAGAAAACUUUCCUCUUCAGGUCCUUCUGAGGCGGACCUGCGCGCGCACACACGCACGCACACACACGCACGCGCCUACGAUACAUACGUACACACUUACACACCUGUUGCAUCCGGGACAGCAGGUGGCCAGAGCUGGUGAUAUUCUGAGCUUCCCAGGAAGAAAAUGCUAUACUGUUGAGACAGGAGGCAACAUGAGCUCACACGUUCAGGAGUUAUUUCAUGAAAAUGCCCAGGGAUCUCAGAUGAAUACUCAGCCAUGGUGGAAGGUGAAGCUGUUUGUGUGGGAGCCUGUCCUGUUCGGCACCUGGGAUGGUGUCUUCACCACGUGCAUGAUCAACAUUUUUGGGGUUGUGCUCUUUCUCCGCACUGGAUGGCUCGUAGGAAACACUGGGGUGUUGCUGGGCAUGCUCCUGGUGUCACUGGUCGUGCUGGUUGCUCUGGUGACAGUUAUGUCGGGUAUAGGGGUGUGUGAGCGGUGUACUGUGGGCAAUGGGGGCGUAUAUUCCAUGAUCUCCAUGGUUCUCGGAGGAAGAGUUGGCGGCACUGUAGGACUCCUCUAUGUGUUUGGGCAGUGUGUGGCUGGAGCCAUGUACAUCACUGGCUUUGCGGAAUCAAUAGCCGAGGUCCUGACUGUGCAGAGCGUGUGGGCUGUCCGGGGGAUCUCUGUGGCUGUCCUCCUGGCCCUGCUUGGGAUUAACCUGGCCGGAGUAAAGUGGAUUGUCCGGCUGCAGCUCAUCCUGUUGGCCAUCCUUGCUGUAUCUACUCUGGAUUUUAUCAUUGGAACCUUCAGCCAUUUGGAUCCAGAGCAUGGAUUUGUCGGCUAUUCAGAAGAGCUUUUAUGGACGAACACUCUGCCUGACUAUACGGCUGGAGAAACUUUCUUUACUGUGUUUGGAGUUUUCUUUCCUGCUGCUACAGGUGUGAUGGCAGGGUUCAACAUGAGUUCAGAUCUUCAUAAGCCUGAGCACAACAUACCUGUGGGGACCCUGGCAGCUGUCUUCACCUCGUGGUUCCUGUACCUCGUUUUUGUAUUCUUGCUUGGAGCCAUCUGUACCAGAGAGGCUCUGCGCUAUGAUUUUUUAAUAGCAGAAAAGGUCUCCUUGGUGGGUUUCCUGUUCCUGUUGGGCCUCUAUGUCUCCUCCCUGGCCUCUUGCAUGGGUGGCCUGUAUGGCGCACCCAGGGUCCUGCAGUGCAUCGCCCAAGAGAGAGUUAUUCCAGCUCUGUCUUUCCUGGGACAAGGGAAGGGUCCCAAUAAAACUCCAGUAGCAGCCAUCUGUCUAACGAGCUUACUCUCCAUGGCCUUCAUCUUCAUUGGUCAGGUCAACGUUCUGGCUCCUAUUGUUACCAUUAACUUCAUGCUGACCUACAGCAUCAUUGAUUACUCCUAUUUCAGCGUGGCUAUGAGCUACAAGCUCCAAGUUAAGGAAAGAAGGCCUCUUAUUGAAAACUCCUGCCCUAGAAAACCACUAGUAACAACCAAUCACCCAUGUUAUGGCAGCAGUGGUGCUCUGAGCAAGCCCAGCAAUGGAACACUGCUUGAGUUCACUAAAGACAUGGACCAGAUAUUUACAUUGCCUAGUGCAGACAGCACGGAGGAAGAGAAAGCCUCCAAUCAUGUAGCCAAGGUCUGGGGCAGGAAGGCAAAAGUUCCUGCUAAAGAAACACUGAGCAGUAGUUUUGGGCUGGACUUGAACAGCAACAGCCCAUCUGAGAAGGAAAAGGAUGAGAAAGUGAUUGAACAAAGCAUUGGCCCAGAUGAUGAGACCAGCAGUCAGACAGAGCUUAUCGAGUCUGAGCCAGGAGGGAAGAGGAAACUGUCUCUGCCUACUAAAAGUCCUAUUGAACUCAAUCAGAUACCAGGGGAGACAUCAGACACACAUGACACAAAACCAAAGCUGGGGGGAUCAGAUAUCAGACCAAUCCCUAAUUCAUGCUAUGCCAAGUUUUGCAAUCACUGGGUUUCCUUAAUUGGUGCUCUGUGCUCCGUUUUGAUAAUGUUUGUCAUCCAGUGGGUGUACGCGUUGGUGAAUAUUAGUGUUGCCCUCCUCCUUUACCUCUACAUAGGAAACACAAAUCCAGGUUUGCCAACAGGUAUAGCAGCACGUUUCAGCUUUUUACGCUGGAUAAAGAGUUCUCUGAGUAGCCUGGGCAGGCCGAACCAAACACUUCAAGACCAGAUUGUGGUGACGCCGUCUUUGUCAGCAGUUGACAUGGAAACCAGACAGUUGACAGAGGAAAAUACAGACUUUGCCUUCCGGGACCGCUACCACCAUUCAUCCAUCAUCACCACCACAGAAGAGAUGGUUCAUCCUCAACUCCACUAACCAGCCUCGUCGUCCUCACCUCAGCUUGGCCCUGAUAUAAUGUUAAAAAAAAAACACAUAGAACAGGAGAGCUGAUUCAGGAUAAGUUUACAAUCAUUAUACACAAAUAAAUGUCAAAAGCUGAUCUUAGAUUGGCACUUCUCUGAACUCUCUUCAUGAGUACUAGUUUGAAAACUGUGUAAACACACAGAAUGUUUUCAUGACUAUAAUCCCUUGAAAGGAUCUGACAUGGAUGAUGUAUAAAUGUGGAUGAUGCUUGUGACUGAUUAGAAUUAUUACAAUUUGCCAGCAGAAUUUAAAUUGUUUAAUCAUUCCUCCAUCUUCAGUAAUUACUUGUUCCUGGUAAGGAUUGUGGUGGACCCAGAGCCUAUCCAGGGAACACUGGGUAUGAGGUGAGAAUACACCCUGAUUGGAAAGCCAAGCACAAGAACAUGCACACAAUUAUUCACACCUAGGGGCAAUCCACCUACCUUUAGGUAGUAUAAGGAAACCUGAGAACCUGGAGGAAAUCCACAUAGACAUAAGAAGAACUUGUGAAGCUCCACAAAGACAGUAACUCAAGCUCAGGAUCAAACUGGGGAACCCGAAGUUGUGAAGCAUGGUAUUUGUUUCCGUAUACCAUGAUUCUGUGUUCUCUCCUGGGAAAUCAGAAGGAGGUGAAAUGCUAAUUUAUAAGAAGUGCAAUAGAACCAAAUAUAUCCUCGUUAUUAUGGUUAUAGUAUGUGAAAUCUUUUACAGGCUAUAUGUUAUUGUCUGUAUUUAACUCGGUCUUUAAAUGGUGCUUGUACAGUAUGGGAGGCAAAGAUAAAAAAAAAAUGACAUUUGCUUCUUGCUGAA